UGAUAAUGAGGUGAUCAGCUGCUUCUACCUUGCGGUCCGCAUGGUCAUAAGAUCUCUAGGCUUAUAAGGCUGGAUCAGAUGUACAAUCCCCCCUUGUAUCAUAAUGCCCAGCCUCACUUUACCCUACGUACCGCAUUAUGUUGCCGCACCUCCUAGUGAAGAAACUUUGGAGUAUGCUGACCUUGCCAUCAUCGACAUUUCGAAAGCCAAUACUGAAGAAGGUCGAACCGCACUGGCAAUUGAAGUCAGGGAGGCCCUCCUUAACCACGGGUUCUUCUACGUGGUGAAUCACGGGUAUUCGCAAGAUCAGACAGAUCGCAUAUUUGACAUCUCGGAUCUACCCUUCUCGGCGGUCAGUGACAGCGAGAAGCAAACUUAUGCUGGAACAAUGAAACAAAGCGGCUCAUACCAAGGUUAUAAAUUGCGACAGUACUGGCAUAUUGAUGCUGGGGUCCACGACCAGAUUGAGCACUAUAACAUCAAUCGCGAUGUGACCAAACGAGGACACCCAGAGACACUGCGUCCUCUUCUCCCGGAAAUCAGGGAAUUUAGCAAACACAAUCACAUCAACGUGUUGCAUCCCAUGCUGAGGCUUAUUGCACGCAGCCUUGAGCUACCCGAAGAUACGUUGGUCAACAUUCAUGACUAUGACGCCGUUGGAGAGACGUAUGUCAGGUUCAUGAAAUAUUAUCCGCGAACAGAGGAAGAGGAAACCAAAACACAGAACGUUUGGCUGAAGGGACACACAGACUUUGGAAGCAUUACGAUUCUGUGGAGUCAGCCUGUCGCUGGACUGCAAAUUCUGACCCGUGAAGGCAAAUGGCACUGGGUCCGCCAUAUCGAAAAUGCACUCGUCGUCAAUGCGGGUGAUGCAUUGGACUUCCUUACCGGCGGGUAUUACAAGGGCACGAUCCAUCGUGUUACAAAGCCUCCAGAGGAUCAGAAAAACUACCCUCGCCUCGGAGUCUUCUACUUUGUCAUGCCCAACGACGAUGUCAAGUUGGUGCCGAUGGCCGAAAGUCCAGUCCUGCAGAGAGCUGGAAUUCAUAGGCGUUGCGCCGAUAGCGAGGCACCAACAAUGGAACAAUGGAGGAAAGCGAGGACAUCUGCCUAUGGCCAAUCAAAACUGGAGGAUGGCAAAGAGAAAGGCGUGGAACAAGAAGUCAUCAAUGGGGUGAUAGUAAAGCACUACAACUGAAGCUUGGAACUUCAAGAUGUCAGAUGUACUUGCUCUCUGAUCAUCAUCCUUGAUGAAUAUGUCGUCGGCUAUAUAUGUAACUCUGAAGCAUAAUGUGUUGCGUUUUGGAUGUCCAUGAUGGUGAGGGAGAGACAGGGGAUCACCGACACUGACAGUGGAGCGCAGGUGGCGCACACACAAUCACAGACACGAAAAAAAAGAAGGGAUAAAUGGUUAAGCACAGUGAACAGCUGAGCCCAGGUGGUGCACGCACAUGACAGUCACGCGAAUUACUUCCGUGGAUACAAACGUUUCGUGCUUAUAUAUGUU